AUGCUUAUAUUGCUCCUAAAUUUAUUUUUCUGCAAAGCCCAAAUAGAAAUCCCGCUCACCCGCAUCCCUUCUUCCAUAAAGCUAUCUCAGCCUUCAAGUUUCACUAUGCUAGCAACCAAUAUCUCAAUUGAGCUUUCUAACAUUAGAAAUGUAACCUUAAUUUAGUUUCAAUAUUUAGGACCAAUUUAUAUAGGAACUCCUCCUCAGGAAUUUAAAAUGAUUUUUGACACAGGCUCUUCAGUGAUUUUUAUAUAGUGACUAUGAGUCCCAGAUGUCUCAUUAAAAAAUACUAGUGAACGUCAAACUUUUGAUCCUGAAAGUUCGUCAACCUUUAAGUCAGGCUCAAAAGUGUAUAAACUUGCUUAUGGCAAAGGGGAAGCGCUUGGGAAUUUAUGCCAAGAUACUGUGUCCUUUUCUGAUGACUAUUCUGUGUCAGCUCUAGACCAAUAUUUUGUCCUUGUAGAAAACGAUACUAUGUAUGAGAAUUUUGUCGCAGAUGGAAUUUUGGUAAAAAUUAUAUAGGGACUCGCCUUUAAAAGGCUUAGUGAUUGGUAUGAUCCAGUUGUACUGAGCUUAAAAAAGCAGAAAAAAAUAGAAAAAGCAGUUUUUGGGGUUUAUCUUGGAGAUGAAAAUGGAGACCAGAAAAUAAGCUCGAAUAUUAUAUUGGGAGGGUACGAUUUGGCUAAAUAUGCAAGGGAUGAAUAUAUAACGUGAACUAAAGUUUAUUCAGACUCAGGAUUUUGGACAGUUAGGCUUACAUCUGUAAGUGUAGGAAAUGAUGAAAUAAGCAUACGUACAUCAGUCUUAGCAAUUGUGGAUACAGGAACCAGCUUAAUUAUUGCCCCUGGUGGAGAAAUUACACAGAUUAACCGCUUGAUUUCUCUCAAUAAAUAUUGUGAAGAGUAUGAAGGAUAUACUGUUUGUGACUGUGGAGAUAAGCAUAAUAUUGAUGAAUAUCCUGAUUUAAUUUUAGGCAUUGGAGAAAUUUAUUUAUCAAUAUCUCCCAGAACUUAUUUUAAGAAAUUUGGAAGUUUUUGCAAAUCAUUGUUAGUAAGCAAUGGAAAUAAAAAUUUCUGGGUACUAGGAGAUGUGUUUUUAAGAAACUAUUACACAAUAUUUGAUAUGGAUAAUGAAAGAAUUGGAUUUGUGACGUCUAUUAAUAUGCAGAUCAAAGAAAAGAAAACGUAUUAUUUCUUGUUUAUUAUUGCUGGGAUUUUAGUUUUAAUAGCGUUGAGUAUAGGAGUUUGGCUGAAAAAGAGGCUUGAAAUUAGAAGAAAUACAGUUCAAGAUGUGAUUGAUAUGCAUUUGAUAUAA